UGUCAAUGUCAGUAAGAAAAACAUUUUCGCUUCUGUCGGACGAACCUAAAUCAUAAAAUUGUGUGUAUUAAAUGCUCUAAAAUUAUAGAAUUGUGAAUUAUUUAACACGAAGAAAUGUGGUCAGACUAAAGACAGGGAUAAUAUCAUGGCAACGAUGAAGUGCAUACGAAUUGUGUGGUUAUUUAGUUUGUUUACAAUACGUAUUCGCGCCUCUACACAUUGGAUGGUCACUGAGAAUGGUCUCAUUCAGCCCAAGCUGGAUUCACCUUUCGAAAUGGCAAAUCCAUACGAUCUACUGGCCUUUCUCAACCAAGACACUCGUUGGGAGAAUAUUAUCAAUCUAUAUCAUGACCUAUUCAAAAGAAAGGACUACAUAAGGCAGCUGUGGGCGGAUUUAGAGCGAGAUUCAGAUGUUCAGGCACAGUUAGCACAUGAUAAGAACUGUAUGAAGUCUGGACCUCUGAAUCAAAUGGACUGGUAUGUUUCCGUACUAGAGGAUGGCAAGUCCAGGAAUAUUCCGGAUGAAGAGUUCAAGCUUUCUACACCACAUUAUGGACAAGACACAGAUGUCCCUGACUGCAAAAAGAUAUCUUCUUUGACUUUUAGCAUGUUUGCAUUUGAACACUUGGAGGCUAUGAUACAGCGUGAUAAUUUAACAGUACCAGCUGAACUAUCUCUCCCUGAGCAAAUAUCACCCAUAAUGAACAUAGAUCAAUUUGGCCACUGGGCGGCCAACAUGUUGCGUCUAAACAGUUCUUCAUGGCUUCAUUAUAACAUAGCGUCUUUGUACUGGCGAGUGAGAGGAAAUGCUCCGAAAGCUGUAGAGUGCAGUCGCAGAGCAGUGCACUAUGCUCCAAGGGUAUACAAAGACAUUGCCUUGUUGAGUAUGGGCACAAUAUUCCACCGUAGUAAGAAACCAGAAGAUGCAUUGAUUGUACUAUCUGCUGCAGUGGACCACGCACCGCACGUUGCAGUCAAUCACUUCAUGCUCGGCAGUGCGUAUGCUGUGGCUGGUGAUUUCAACAACUCUAUGAGGCACUUUGACUUGUGCCUCAAAAGAGAUGCCAAGUUCGACUUGGCAAAGAAAUAUAAACAUGGUGUUUUGUGCCACAGCACCUUGUUGGUGAAAAUGAAGAUUAUCCAGGAGUUACUGGAUAAAUUACGUAUUGAACUAUUGGAGUACAGUCAGAGGGAAGCCAUUUGGUUAAAAUCACAAGCUGCAUUUCUCAGGACUAUGAAGCAUCAUGAUGAUUUUGACUACAGAAACGUAGAAAAGAACUGCGAGAAAAUGUCAGAGCUCACCGGGCUGAAUAUAAAAGAGUUAAAGAAAGAGGGAGACAAAAACUCCCUUAUAUCAUACUUCCUCGACGGGCCCAUGUACAAUAGUAAAUGGAUGGGCGAGAGAGGGGUGCAGGCCGUAGAAUCAGCUUAUAGCUUCCAAAGACUAGUCAAGCAUAUUGAGAAACAUGCUGACAUGGUGUCUGACUUGGUCACCCCUGAUGAAAUAGUCAUUAAUGAUGGCAGUAUUAAGAAGGAAAUUGGCCCGACGCCUGAAUUUUCUGAUGUUUCACAUGGUAAGUUGGCCAAAAAUGAAAAACAGAAAACUUCUGAAAAGUCUAAAGCUGCAAGUUCAGCAGAUAAUGAUAUGUUUGAAUUUGAAGGUGGUGUGGUUUUAUAUCCAAAUAACAUGAAGGUACAUCGAAAUAAGGAAGCAUUUGACACUGAGCCAGAUUGGCCAACACAUACAUUUUGUAGAAGUAUUGAACAACCAAAGAAUUUAGAACUAAUUUACCCAGUAUUUUUACCCUUUGAGAAUAAGGGCCUAAGGAUAAAAUCCUUACUGACGGAGAUGAUAGGCGUGCCGGUGUCCCGCGAGCACGAGCUGCCGUGGCACCCGCCCGUGUGCCAGGAGAGCGCCACGUUCGGCAAGAAGAGCCAGAAAGCUCAAGUAGCAGUAGAAGUGGCGUCCACAGAAUAUCUGCGGCUGAAGUUGUUUGAGUAUGUCGGGGACGGCGACAUUGAGAUCGCCAAGUCAAAGCAGAAUGAAGAGAUUGGCCAGCGUAUCUAUUCUGCUAUGCAAUUGGCCGUAGCACCAAAAUGGCUGCUUUACACCGUAUCGUCAAUUUACUGGCGUGUUCGAGGGAACAACAUAAACGCAGUAAACUGCUUACUGCCAGCGGCGAAAUCUGCGCCUACCCGACAUAAAGACAUAGCUCUGACGUCACUCGCGUCGGUUUACUUGGAGAUGGGGUACUUCGAAGAGGCUAUGAUGGCCGCAGAAGAAGCGUAUAAGUUGAGCAUGUAUGAGCCGUCAAUAAACUUCAUGAUAGCCCAACUGAACAUGGUGAAGAAACACCGCAACACGCAGCUGUUCCACAUGAAGCAAGUCGUUCGCGUGCAGCCUCGCUUCAUGGGCGGGCGCGCGCGCACCCUGCUGCAGCAGUGGGCCUGCCGACUGUUCCAGAAGGAUCUAGAACUGGGCGAAGGCGACAUCUGCACGCAAGUGGAGCCGGGCGUGAGCAUGGUGUGCGAGAGGGACGGCAGCAACUGCCACAUGACCAACAUACAGUGCUUCAGCAAUAAGGAGAAACCAGAAACCAGCACCCUAGUCCGGAUGCUAGAGCUCAAAGGCAACGGCAUCCAAUUAUCCGGAGCGCCGAUAGACGAGGGCCUUGUAGAAUCCUUCAUGGAGCUCAUGCCAGCUAAGAAGCUAGAGCGAGAGGCGCACCAGGCCAACUAUGACAGAAUGAGACGCAGCAUCGAGCAGGCGAUCUCGCCGUGCCGGGAUAGGCCUUGCAGCUCAUUUACAGCCGAAGAACUAGACCUGCGCGAGGAGGACUGUCCGUACCAGCACCUGCAGUUGGGCUACUGGCUGCACAUCAUCAGUUACCGGCAGCUACUCAUCGACGCUAAUAUACGCCUACCAAUAGAGAUCACAGCGCUGCCCCCCUCCUCGAAGAAGAUUCCAGAAUGUCGUCUUUACUCCGAACCAUCUCAAGACUUCUUCCUCGAGCGGCUGAGUCGCUUGGACCCGGCCGGAUGGGAGCCCGUGCUGGGGCUGAUGCAUCAGCUAGCGGACACGUUUAACUACUUUGACUAUGUCACCUUGGGAGCGAAGAUCGCUAAAUACGUUGAUACGCGGCCGCGCGACUGGCUAGCCGCCCUAACCGCGGGCUGGUGGUGCGGCGCGGCGGGGCACGGCGCGUGCGCCGCGCGCUGCCUCCUCGCCGCCGCCGCGCUGGCCGACGAGCGGCACUCGCGCCAGCCGCUGCUGUCCGCCGUCGCGCUGCUGCAGAUGCAAACGAAGCUAGAAGACGCCAAAGAUAUUGCAUAUUUAUUGUUCUACCUCUCACCGAAAAGUAAACUAGAAGCAUUUUUAGUAGCUGUAUCACACACAUAUUUGUUGGAAUACGAGCAAGCAAUCUCCAUGUACCGGUACUCACUGAGCUUCGACGACAAAUUCCUGCCGGCCAAGGCUUGCCUGCACGCGACUAUGUGCCUUAUGAUCUUCGGAGAAAACGCCAUAGUCCGACCCAAACAGACCUAGAUGUUACCUACACUGCAAGUACAGGGCAUAAUAAUUAUUAUACGUAUGUAUUUUAUUCGAAUAAGUCAUUUUAUCUGUAUAAAAGUCUCGAAUUUACACCGUGUAGUGCGUAAUGUGGGAGUUUGUAAAAUACACUGAUGGCUGACUACACUGUA